AUGGCUCCUCUUAAACCCCACUGGCCACAGCCCUCUCACCCUGGGAUCCAGGAAGUCGUCAUUAACGAGGCUGAAUUCACAUCCAAGAGUCUCUCCAAGGUGUCACUACCACCUUUUGCCGUAUUCUCGAAGCUCUCGUUCCCUCCCUGCAGCGAGGCACCGGAGCCGACAUAUGCGACGGUCCAGAUGGGCAAAGACAAGCACUUGAACCUGAACAGUGACUUGCUCUACAUCAACCACUCUUGCGACCCUUCUCUCAUCUUCGAUACCACAAACUUCAACAUCCUCGUUGGCCCCAAUGGCCUGAAACCAGGAGAUGAGCUCACAUUCUUCUACCCAUCCACGGAAUGGAGCAUGGCCCAGCCCUUUGAGUGCCUGUGCGGCACUUCCAGGUGCCGAGGCACCAUUGCCGGGGCCAGAGACAUGACCCACUCCCAACUUGAAGGAUACUGGCUCAACGCACACAUCCGCGAGCUGUUGGAAGACCAGCGCCUGGAAAACGGCACUGCGGCUCUCAGCGACUCGAACGACCCCACAGCACAAGCGCUGAAAGAUGCCUUGUCCCACGCUGAGCAGGUGGUCGAAGCUGCCCGGACGGCCCUCCGCACCUACGCCGAGAGUGCCGCUGUGAAUGGCUCUCGCUUUGCACCAUCCAUCAAUGGACAGUUUGAGAACGGACUCAGCCGCAGGGGGCUCACAUCUCGGGAAUUGGCUGGGGAAAUGGGCGGCGAUACCAGUCGUGCCUAA